AUCCCCUAAGGCAGCUAUGGAGUCCACUUCCUGAAGCCUUGCACUCGAACGUAAGUUUUUCCUGAUGGGUUUUUCUUUUAAAUCUGUUUUUCCUUUCUUAGGGGUAAAUUUUGGCUUGUAACUAUACUCCAAUCUUAUGGUGAAAUGUCGAUUUGUUUUUUCAAGUGAAGAAAAACAAGUUAUUUCAAUUAAGAAACUCAUUUGGGAAUUCGAAGGGAUUAAAAGGAAUAUUGCAAACGGAGUGUUUGAUCUUGCUUUGUGUACAUUCUUUGCUGCUAUUGUUGGUAUUUUUUAUUUUUUUAUUUUUUUUUUAAUUUUAAGUUCAGCUUUAGGUUAUCUAUACAGAAUGACUGGUUGAUGAUGUUUUUGAGAAGUUAACUUUGCUUAUUUGGGAGCUGUAAUCCGUGAGUACUGACAUUGAAAGGUUGUGGCUUUCUAGAAAUUUUUAUGUUUAUGUUGCGGUUUUUCUGUUGCGACUUUAUUUAUUCCUUUAUUUUGCCUAUUAAGUGGAAACAGUCAUUGAAUUGUUGUCUUUGGGAUUGCAUUGGCUGCUCUUGUGUGUUUUCUGCAUAUGAUUGACAACAGAGAAUGUAAUAUUUGAUUUGGUAAUUUAUUUAUUUAUAUAUUUAUUUUAUUAUUUCUUUUGUGGGUUAGUUUGUUUCCAAGUGAAGAGAGAGAGCAUUGGUGGCUGAACUGAUUUUAUGGGCUUUUGAAAAUAAUUUUGAAGGAGUCAUUUGAUUUGGAAUGAAUUCUUCUGUACCUACAAAACAUGUAGUUGCUGUUGUUAAGCAUCAAAAAGAUACCCUGAGGGCACUGGAAAUGUUUAACUCUGUAAGAAAAGAUGAAGGUUUCAAGCAUAAUGUAUUAACUUAUAAAUGCAUGAUUGAGAAGCUUGGUUAUCAUGGGAAGUUUGAGGUCAUGGAAGACGUGAUGGCAAAGAUGAGAGGAGAGAUUGAUUAUGCUCUAAUGGAAGGUGUUUAUAUUAGUGCAGUAAGAAGUUAUGGUAGGAAAAGAAAGAUUCAAGAGUCCAUCGAUGUGUUUGAAAGGAUGGACUUCUACAACUGUGAACCUUCGGUUCAGGCAUAUAAUGGCAUCAUGAAUAUCUAAGUUGAGAAUGGUUACUUGAAUCAAGGUCACAAAGUGUACAUGAGAAUGAGGGAUAAAGGUAUAAAGUGCUGAUGCAUUUAACAAAUUAGUGUUCUAUUUAUUUGUCUAUAUCGGUUAUGGGUUUAUGCCAAAAGCCUUUGAUUUAAAUGAGCAGGUUCCUCAUUUGUAAUUUAUUGGCAGAUUAGAAUAAGUUAUGUUGUAGGUGGGACUUGAACUGCCUAGGGCGAACUCCCUCUGAAUUUUUCAUAUUAACCCAGCAUUUAUCUGAAACCAGAUAGUUGUGGGGAUUGAAAAACCUGUUCAUUUCUUCUACUGGUUCUUUUUGGCCAUCAGUUUCUACGUACGAAAAUCUCCUCUGCUAUUGGUUACUCGUUAUUUGUUGUGAAUAAGGACAUUUUUUUCCCCCUUGUUUACUUUGUAGUGGUUUAUUUGAUCUCUUGAGACCCUUUUGGCUGGGAUGUUAAAGCGUCUGGCCAAGUUUUCAAAUUAUUACAAGGUUCUAAAGUAUUUUCGGUUCUUGCAGGGUUAGGAGACUUGUAGUAGUGGAGGCUGGUAGCGUGUGGAAGGCAUUAUAUCAUUGAGUGAUAUGUUCAAGUUCUUGC